AUGUAUAAUGGAGAUAUAACAUACGAAAAUCCACAGGACAUAGUAGAUGCCUUCGGAAAAUUAUUUUCUAACAUGUUUCUGCCAGGAGAGUCAGAGUCGAGAGAUGAUGUUAGUGCUUCUUUCAGUGGUCCAUGUUUUAAUUUGCAACUUGUUUCGGAGGAUAAGGUGAUAGAAAUAAUGUCGACUUUCUCUUGUAAACAUACAGCCGGUGAUGAUCAAAUUCCUAGCUUCUUGGUGCACGACGCCAGGUUUGCUCUAGCAAAACCGUUGACGUUCAUCAUUAACAUGGCCAUUUCGAAGUCAAUAUUUCCUGAUCGAUGGAAGCGAGCUAGAAUAACACCUAUUUUUAAAAAGAAUGAAAAGAAGCAACAUGGGUUUGUUCCUGGAAGAUCUGCACAGACUAAUCUAAGUGUCUUCACUCAAUUUGUUUGUAAAGUUUUGGAUCAGCGUGGCCAGGUGGACAUGGUGUAUACCGAUCUCUCAAGUGCUUUUGAUUUAGUGGAUUACUCAAUUUUGCUAAAUAAGCUUGAUAUGUUCGGCGUUGGUUCAUCAUUCCUUGCAUUGUUACAUUCAUGUCCGUAUGAUAGGAGCGUUAAAAAUUCCAAGAUCAGUAUCAAGGUUAUGGAAGUUCGGAUUUGCUCCGGUUCUAUACACCAGACUUUGCACAAGAUUGCAGACUAUUUAGAAUAA